UUUGGUAGAGACGGGGUUUCACUAUGUUGGCCAGGCUGGUCUUGAAUUCCUGACCUCAGGUGAUCCACCCGCCUCGGCCUCCCAAAGUGCUGGGAUUACAGGCGUGAGCCACUGCACCAGGCCCGAGAAAUGCUUUUUUAAAAAACACAUAUCUUAUGGCAUUCACCUUCUUGGAGCUCUAGGACAGUGGUUCUCAAAAUUUUUUCUCUCAGGACCUCUUAAAAAUCAUCAAGGACUCCAAAAAGCUUUUGCGUAUGUGGGUUAUAGCUAUCAAUAUUUAUGGUACUAGAACUUAAAACUGAGAAAAAUUAAAAACACGAGAAUACAUAGGCACACAUUCCAUUCAUUGUGGGAACCAUGGUGUCAAUACAUAUCAUGUAGCUUCUGAAAAACUCCACUGUACACUCUUAUAGAAUGAAGAAGGCAAAAAAAUUUUUUUUUUUUUUGAGACAGAGUAUCGCUCUGUCUCCCAGGCUGGAGUGCAGUGGCACGAUCUCGGCUCACUGCAAGCUCCGCCUCCCGAGUUCACGCCAUUCUCCUGCCUCAGCCUCCCAAGUAGUUGGGACUACAGGCGCCCUCCACCAUGCCUGGCUAAUAUUUUGUAUUUUUUAGUAGAGACGGGGUUUCACCGUGUUGGCCAGGAUGGUCUCGAUCUCCUAACCUCGUGAUCCGCCCACCUCGGCCUCCCAAAGUGUUGGGAUUACCGGCGUGAGCCACCGCGCCCGGCCGCAAAUAACAUCUUAAUUUUGCUAUAAAAUCUCACAUACCCCCUGACAUAGUCUCAACGACCUGUAGGGCCGAGGCUACACUUGGAGAACCCAUGCUCUAGGGCCAAAUCCAUUCUUGCCCUGGCUUACGUGUCUCCCCCACCGCCCCGCGCUGGAGCCACUGCCUAAUUCUCCAGCCCUAGAUGGUGCUCGCCAGCCCUCCUCUCAAUACUCAUCACACACAGGGCUAUUCCUUUCCUCCAAUGAACCAAACGCCUCCCGCCCACCUCCAGGUCCCAGUCCUCUGUUCCCUUUGCCUGGUCCACCCUUGCCCUCCCUGGGUCGCAAACGAGGUCGGCCUCGUCAUUCCCUGCAGACCGCUGCGCGUCCCUCUUGUGCGGUUCACCACAGUUGUAUUUAAGUGAUCGUGUGAGUCGUCGUUAAAUGCCUGUCUCCCAGCGGAUCAUGGGCUCCUCGAGGACAGGGACCGGCCUGUCUGUCCACUGCUGUAACCCCGCGCCGGCAUAGGGACCUAAGGCCCACUGGAGGGCGCUCAUCAAAUAGCUGCUGGAUGUUGACGAAGGAAGCGGCAGCGCAGCUCAGGGAUCUCCGAGUCAGGACGGUCGGCCAGACCGAUGGGGUAACGGGUCUAAUCGUGUGGGAAUAAAGCUGUAUUCCAGUGCUUCCAAACGGGUCUCUCAUUCCAACCCCUUUCCAAGCUCAAUGAAUGUUCCAGUCACCUCUGGUCCCUUCCAGUGACCCUGAACCCCUCAGAGAACGCCCCGUCGACACCGUUCGGGGUCGGGUGCCACUAUUGGCGCAUGAGAUGCGCUCAAGCGGAGGGGACUCCACUGGCGAGGCGACGCCAAGCCGACGGAGAUCUCGGUCUUGGCGCCGGAAGCCCCAGAGAGCCGAAUCUGGAACCGGAUGUGGCUGCUUCCUGCCCCGCCCCCUGUCGAGGGGGCGGGAACCGAGGGUCCUUCGGAAAACCCGGCCGGGAUUUCGGCCCCUGUGUCUGUCUGGGAUGAGGAGGAGGAUGGUGCCCUGUUUACUGUCACAAGCCGCCAAUAUCGACCUCUUGAUCCCUUGGUCCCUAUGCCUCCCCCACGUUCCUCCCGACGGCUCCGAGCUGGCACUCUGGAGGCCCUGGUCAGACACCUACUGGAUACCCGGACAUCAGGGACUGAUGUGACCUUCAUGUCAGCCUUCCUGGCCACCCACAGGGCCUUCACCUCCACGCCUGCCUUGCUAGGGCUUAUGGCUGACAGGCUGGAAGCCCUUGAAUCUCAUCCUCGCGAUGAACUAGAGAGGACAACAGAGGUAGCCAUCUCUGUACUGUCAACCUGGCUGGCCUCUCAUCCUGAGGAUUUUGGCUCUGAGGCCAAGGGUCAGCUUGACCGGCUUGAGAGCUUCUUACUUCAGACAGGGUAUGCAGCAGGGAAGGGUGUUGGGGGGGGCAGCGCUGACCUCAUCCGCAACCUCCGGUCCCGGGUGGACCCCCAGGCCCCCGACCUUCCUAAGCCCCUGGCCCUCCCCGGCGAUCCCCCUGCUGACCCCACGGAUGUCCUGGUGUUCCUCGCUGACCACUUGGCCGAACAGCUGACCCUGCUAGAUGCGGAGCUGUUUCUCAAUUUGAUCCCCUCUCAGUGCCUGGGAGGCCUGUGGGGUCACAGAGACCGGCCAGGACAUUCUCACCUCUGCCCAUCUGUCCGAGCUACUGUCACACAGUUCAAUAAGGUGGCAGGGGCAGUGGUUAGUUCUGUCCUGGGGGCUACUUCCACUGGAGAGGGACCUGGGGAGGUGACCAUACGGCCACUCCGUCCCCCCCAGAGGGCCCGGCUCCUGGAGAAGUGGAUCCGCGUGGCAGAGGAGUGCCGGCUGCUCCGAAACUUCUCUUCAGUUUAUGCCGUGGUGUCAGCCCUGCAGUCCAGCCCCAUCCACAGGCUUCGGGCAGCCUGGGGGGAAGCAACCAGGGACAGCCUCAGAGUCUUUUCCAGCCUCUGCCAGAUUUUCUCUGAGGAGGAUAAUUAUUCCCAGAGUCGGGAGCUGCUCGUGCAGGAGGUGAAGCUGCAGUCUCCUCUGGAGCCACACUCCAAGAAGGCCCCGAGGUCUGGCUCCCGGGGUGGGGGUGUGGUCCCAUACCUUGGCACCUUCCUGAAGGACCUUGUGAUGCUGGAUGCAGCCUCCAAGGAUGAGUUGGAGAAUGGAUAUAUCAAUUUUGACAAGCGGAGGAAGGUGAGCGGAGUGCCUGGGCUGGAUGCUGGACUUUCCUAUCCAUGUUCCAGGAAGGGGAGGGGGGAAAGUCAGGGGUCCCUGAGUUUUGGCUCCUGCAGUUUGAGGGCUCCUUCCCAGGAGUUUGCAGUCCUUUCUGAGUUGCGACGGCUCCAGAAUGAAUGUCGUGGCUAUAACCUCCAACCUGACCAUGAUAUCCAGAGGUGGCUACAGGGGCUCCGGCCACUGACAGAGGCUCAGAGCCAUCGUGUAUCCUGUGAGGUGGAGCCACCUGGUUCCAGUGACCCUCCUGCCCCACGGGUGCUUCGGCCAACAUUGGUCAUCUCGCAGUGGACAGAGGUUCUGGGCUCUGUUGGGGUCCCUACCCCGCUUGUGUCCUGUGACCGGCCCAGUAUGGGGGGAGAUGAGGCGCCUACAACUCCUGCCCCUCUGCUGACUCGGCUGGCCCAGCACAUGAAGUGGCCAUCUGUCUCGUCACUAGACUCUGCCCUGGAAAGCAGUCCAUCCCUGCACAGUCCAGCUGACCCCAGCCACCUCUCCCCACCAGCCUCCUCCCCUAGGCCUUCUCGGGGUCACCGCCGCUCAGCCUCCUGUGGCUCCCCACUGAGUGGGGGUGCAGAAGAGGCCUCUGGGGGAACUGGAUAUGGGGGAGGGGGAUCUGGGCCAGGGGCCUCUGAUUGCCGAAUCAUCCGAGUCCAGAUGGAGCUGGGGGAAGAUGGCAGUGUGUAUAAGAGUAUUUUGGUGACAAGCCAGGACAAGGCUCCAAGUGUCAUCAGUCGUGUCCUUAAGAAAAACAAUCGUGACUCUGCAGUGGCUUCAGAGUAUGAGCUGGUACAGCUGCUACCAGGGGAGCGAGACCUGACUAUCCCAGCUUCGGCUAACGUAUUCUACGCCAUGCGUGGAGCUUCACACGAUUUCCUCCUGCGGCAGCGGCGAAGGUCCUCUACUGCUACACCUGGCGUCACCAGUGGCCCAUCUGCCUCAGGAACUCUUCCGAGUGAGGGAGGAGGGGGCUCCUUUCCCAGGAUCAAGGCCACAGGGAGGAAGAUUGCACGGGCACUGUUCUGAGGAGGAAGCCCCGUUGGCUUACAGAAGUCAUGGUGUUCAUACCAGAUGUGGAUAGCCAUCCUGAAUGGUGGCAGUUAUAUCACAUUAAGACAGAAAUUCAGAAAGGUAGCCAGCCACCCUGGGGAAGUGAAGUGCCCCUGGUUUACCAGACAGCUGAGAAAUCCAGCCCUGUGGGAACUGGUGUCUUGUAACCAAGUUGGAUACCUGUGUGUAGCUUCCCACCUUCCAUGAGUGCAGCACACAGGUAGUGCUGGAAAAACGCAUCAGUUUCUGAUUCUCGGCCAUAUCCUAACAUGCAAGGGCCAAGCAAAGGCCUCAAGGUUCUGAGCCCCAGGGCAGAGGAGAAUGGCAAAAAGUAGGUCCUCGCAGCUCUUCUUCCCACUCUGGGGGUUUCUAUCACUGUGACAACACUAAGAUAAUAAACCAAAACACUAUCUGAAUUCUA